UGAUUGAGAUAUUUUGCAACGAAACACAAAAAUUGCAUUAUUUAAAGAGCUAAAGUAAUUAUAGAAAUGAAACUCGUCCCAUGUUUUAAAACAAACCACAUUUAAGUAGUCAUGGUGCAUGACGUUUUUCAGCCAUUUUGGGUUGUUCGUUUCGCAGAGGGCACUUAUUAUUUUAGACCAAGGGGGAUCGCGGGGCCUAAGACACGGAUUAAUCGAGCAAACAUCAUUUUAUACAUUAAUUGUUGAAUAUGGGUCCACCAGGGAGCAAACCGCGCCGUGUAUCGUUUGAAAGAAUGGAGGAUUUCGGCUGGUUUGUCAAUUUAUCUUGACAUGGCUUGUUGGUGGGUGGAGGCUGACGAGUGAAAAAAAAAAACAAAAACACGCAAGUUAGAACUAUUUAUAAAAAAGAAAGCGAGAGAAAAGAUAAAAAAUCGAAUAGCCUUUUGUGAUGUUAAUCUAAGAACGAAAUGAAGAGGGAGGGUAUAAAGCGCGUAAAAAUGGCGAAAUAUUAAAGUCGGUUUAAUAAUGUCAUAAUACGCGCUCGAACCUUCAUCCGAAGAGCCGCCGCUGACGGAGGAUGUAGGAGAAACUAAGUGCAGCUUUACUGGCAGGACGCGAUUCAGCCGAGCAACGUAGGUAAGAUGUAGUAGUAUCGUCUGUAUAGCAGGCUCCUUGAAAACACAGAACGCCGUCAUUAUGAGCACGGCUGCUGGGCCAGUGCUAAUGCCAGUGAGCUCCGAUAUGACUUCUCCGUUUUUUUCUGUUGCGUCUGGAGCCAUCGUUUCCUGGCAUCUGCGUUUCCCUGCCGCGAUCCGCUGUACCCCAUAUCCCUUAACAACGCGUUCAUAAACCUAAGUAUCUCUACAAAAAAAAAAACAGAAAACACCAGUCAUGAAUGAGGCUGGGAGAAGACAAAUUUAAAAGUGUACUUUUUAUAUUUCUGUAGCGAUUUGUGUCGGCAUGGGUUUGAUAGCAUCCUUUCGGUUCGUGUCAGUUGCGUUUUGUGUAGAAGUGUACUACAUCUUAAUUUGAUUUAUUUUCUUUCGAUUAGUUAAACUCGCCGUUUUUAUUCGGACCCUUUUGUGAAACUGAGUGGCUGAAUUUGUUUUCGUAUAUUUAAAGCAUAACUAGCGUGAUUCACAUAAGUCAUCAAUAUGAUUUCUUAAAAAUAAUUAGCUGUAUUUAAUUAAUACCCCCUCCCUCCCACACCUUUUCAUCAACACUGGGGAAAAUGACUUAAGUUAUUUAAAAUCUUAUCUUUUAGUAGAUCUAGAGUAGAACUUCCACUUAGCUUAGACGCCUUUACUUUUAACUAGUUUCCAAGAAGGGAACUUGGCAUAUCAUGCCCCUAGUUAUAAAAUAUUAAGGAAAGCCACCAUCAGUAAGUCGCAAUGGGGGACCCAAACUCACGGAGAAAACAAACCAUGAACCGACUUCGUGCUCAGCUUAGGAAAAAAAAGGAAUCUUUAGCUGACCAGUUCGAUUUCAAGAUGUACAUCGCAUUUGUGUUUAAAGAAAAGAAGAAGAAGUCUGCGCUUUUCGAAGUAGCUGAAGUGGUACCAGUUAUGACGAAUAACUAUGAAGAGAAUAUCCUUAAAGGUGUGAGGGAUUCCAGCUACUCCUUAGAAAGUUCUUUAGAACUGCUGCAGAAGGAUGUGGUGCAGUUACAUGCCCCUCGCUAUCACUCCAUGCGCAGGGAUGUCAUAGGUUGUACCCAGGAGAUGGAUUUCAUUCUUUGGCCUCGUAAUGACAUUGAGAAGAUAGUCUGUCUUCUGUUCUCCAGAUGGAAGGGAUCUGAAGAUGAGCCCUUUAGGCCUGUUCAGGUGGACCUACCUACAGCCAAGUUUGAGUUUCAUCAUGGAGACUACGAGAAGCAGUUCCUGCAUGCACUGAGCCGAAAGGACAAGGCUGGAAUGGUCAUGAAUAACCCCAGUCAGUCUGUGUUCCUCUUUAUGGACAGACAACACUUACAGACUCCAAGAAAACAGGCCACAGUUUUCAAGUUGUGCAGCAUCUGCCUUUACCUGCCACAGGACCAGCUGACCUGCUGGGGGGUUGGGGGCAUUGAGGACAACCUCCAUCCCUACAUGCCAGACUAGGGUCAUCGCCUAGCCAUACAGGGAAGAUCCUAGAAACCACAACAGCAAGCUCGCCUCCUCACCUCCACAGAGAUUCCUUUUUAAUGACAAGUGAACUCGUGCUUGGAACACUCCUUUUGUUAACCAUUUUUUCAUGCAUCCCUGGAGCUUCUUCUCUCAUUCACUCAUAAUUUUAUUUCCUACCAAACUUACUGUAUAUUUUUUUCCUUCUUUUCAUGUGAACCUGCACGAACAUUGAUUUGUCUUGAACGGUUGUUCCCUUGGAGCAGCAUUGUCCCGGAAACCGGUGAUGGAAAGAACUCUAUACACAAAACAGGAACAAAUGACUAAAGUCUUAAUGACGGUCCUCUCAUUUUGUACUGGUUGUGUGUCCCUGUCAUGAACGAUAGUCUACUCGUUUGUAUUUUUCACAGGAUCAGUGCUACCAGAGAUUUUUUUGUUGCAGUUAGGUAAUCUGGGAUGAGAGAGGGCAAGUGAGUGGAAGUUUGAUUUCUCGAAAUCUGUUAUAAAUCCUAAAAAAGCAGAGAAAUAAGGUGAGGAGCCUCGUCAAAGAUCAUUAAGUGUAGGCAUUGCCUUUCUGUUUAUUUUUUUUCUGCUGACAAGUGUUGAGUUUUGCUGGCUCUUUUAUUUUUGGAUCUCUUUCUCUGAAUUGGCUAUGAUGUAUUUUAAAACGUAUUACUUAGUGAAAAUUUACACACAUUUAAGCCAGGCAGACCCUAAAUAAAAACAGGAGCAUGGACAGCUUGUAGGAUGAGGGUACAAUAAUGAUGUGAUGCAAAAUGGCAGAAAAAAGCUUAAGACGUAAUGUUUUUCAAAUGCAUACGGUCAUAUAAGUUGUAACCAUACAAGGAAGUCAUGCACUAUUCUCUGGCUACUGAAAACAUGUUGUGGGAUUUAUUUGGGGAAAACUUAAAAAAAGUGGGGGGAAGCUCAUGUACCAAGCAGUUAUAAGCUGUGGAGAAAAACGUAAUGGAAGUGUUUAGAUUUAAGACUUUUUUUUCUUUUGACAGGCAAAAAACUCUUGAAGAGUAGGAAAUUCUUGCAUUGCUUUAAUGGGAUGGGGUUAAUUGUAAGCUGGCUUUACUGGGUAUAAAGGCACAAAUCGGCAAAUUUAUAUUUGCCUCCUGUUAAAUCAGCAAACUGAAAUAAAGGGUGAAAAUAGAA